GCUUGAAGUCGGUAAGAAAUAACUUAUAAGAAAUUAACAAGAGAGAGUAUAAGCUGAGAGAUGUUUUCUCUUUCGAUAAGAAAUUUUGUCGCGCUGUUGCCUUUCUCCUUCGACUUAUACUCCAUUUCAUAACUCUAUUUUAUUGUUCAAUUGGAUUCAAUUCCAAUUUUUUGUUUUGAGUUACACUCAGGUUUCAUGUUUGACUUUACUGACACAAUAUUGAGAGAUUCUUAGAAGAUCGUCCGCUGAAAAUUUGAACAGUCAAGUGGAAAUUGUGAAGCUAGCCAGCGGAGUGGUUUACAACGACGAACAAACAAAACAUUUGCCUCAAGACUGAACUUAUCAGGAAAAAGAACAGCAGCCAUUUGAUGAUGAGUUCAAGUGAUAGUGAUGCGCCAUGCCCCAACACCAUUUCCAUAUUUUUCACAACAUCUAUGGUCUUAGUAAGCAUGGUUGCUGUGCUCGGAAAUAUUUUAGUGAUCGUCGCAGUGUACAAAACUCAAAGUCUUAGGACCAGUAGGAAUUACUACUACGUCAACAUGGCCAUUUCUGAUUUCCUUUCAAGCCUCGCUAUUUGGCCGCUUUACCUUACAGACGAAAUCAUAACAAGCAAAGGAAGUCUGUUCAAAGGGUCUCUGGCAACUGCUGGCUGCAAAGUGGGUGUAUUUUUCAGAAUGACGUCAGUUAUUGUGUCAAUUCUGAGCCUGGUGUUGAUCGCUGUUGAUAGAUUUAUCGCUACUGUCUUUCCAUUAAAAUCAACGUUGAUCGUUGGGAAAGUCAGGGCAUUUCUACUCUUUGCGACAUGGACGAUAUCAAUGGCAUACUGCAUCCCAAUGCUGUAUUAUUCAAGAGCCGAAGACUUUGGUCAGGAAACUUAUUGCAAAUUUGCAUGGAAUAGCAUUGCUCUCAUGAUUUAUUACAUCAUUGGUUUGGUGUUGUUUGAAAUCGCGCCGAUUAUUGUCAUUGUCAUUCUUUACACGCGCGUUAUGAGGGUUUUGCAUCAGAGGAUUAAACCAGGAACUGGUGAGAGGGGCAGUAGUUCCUAUCAAAAUCGGAGAAAUGAGCAAAACCGAAACUUUAUGAAGAUAUUCAAAUCAAUUGUUGUUACUUUUUUCGUUUCUUUUUCUUUCUUUUUCGUUUACUUGAUUUUUAAGAUGUCAUUUCCUGAACUUUUCGACAAAGACAAAUGCAAGUGGAUUCUUGGGUUCGCUUAUUUCGUGUUUCCAUCGCUCAGUUCAGUAAUUAAUCCUAUUAUUUUAUUUGCAUUCAGCACGAAUUUCCGACAAGCUCUGCGUACAUUGUGGAUGUUUUCUUUAAGGAGAUUCUUUUUAUGUGGCAGAAAAGAGAAAAGAGAACGAGAUAAAACUGAAGGCCCUUCAGCAGAAGAAACAUAAUUAAAGCCAAUGGUGCGUAGAA